UGCUCUUGCAUUUUGCCACACCUCACUUCGAAAUACAUUCUACAAAUCUUUAUAUCCUCUUCCUUAUUCAUUCCCUUCACUUGAUCGUUUACUAGAGGCCAUCAUGGGAGUUGUGACUUUUGAGAAAGAAAUUACAACUUCAAUUCCACAGGCCAAAAUGUUCAAGGCCUUUGUCCUUGAAUCUGACACUCUUAUUCCCAAGGUUUUGCCUCAAGUUAGUAUUGAGUUUCUUGAAGGAAAUGGCGGACCAGGAACCAUUAAAAAGACUUCUUUUGCUGAAGGUAGUGAAGUUAAGUAUAUUAAGACCAGAGUUGAAGCAACAGACAAAGAUACUUUCACACACUGCUACAGCGUUAUUGGAGGUGAGCCAUGGAUGGAUGGACUUGAGAAGACUUCUUAUGAAAUUAAAGUUAUGGCUUCUCCCGAUGGAGGAUCCAUUAUCAAGAGCAUCAGCAAGUACUAUCCUAAGGAAGGCUGCGAGAUCAAUGAAGAAAGAGUCAAGGCUGGAGCAGAGAAGGCCUUCAACAUGUUUAAGGCUGUUGAGGCUUAUGUCUUGGCAAAUCCUGAUGCCUGCUAAUUUGUAUCUAUCCAACAUGGAGUGAAGAAUUAAUUUUCAUGUUUUUAUUUAUUUAUUAUGUAUUUUUCUCUCUUUUUUUUUUUAGGGAUGGAGGGUCAAACCACUUUUGACCUGACAAUAAAAGUUUAUAAUCGUAUACUUGUAUUGACUGAUUGGUUUAAACUCUAUCAAUAGAUUAAUUAUGGAGUGUAAACCUCAAGUUCAUAAUAAAUAUUUCGUAAUUUUCUUUGUUUUAA